AUGGCCAGCCAGAGUGGCGAGACGGGCCCUAUAGACAAUGACGUUAGCCUUCCCGAGGCCAUGGUCAUGGCCGGCUUCUUCGCAGUGUCAAUAUGGAACUGCAUUCAGACCUUCAUCUUCAUUUUUGUGACUUUCAAGAGCUACAGUGGCCUAUACUUCUGGAGCAUGACGGUAGCCAACGCCGCGAUUCCUUUCCGGCAGAUAUUUGCUCUGAUCCGACUCUACGGCCUGGCCCCAACCUUGGCCAUCACGCCUCUGGUCAGCUUCGGGUUCUGGGUCAUGGUGACCGGCCAGAGCAUGGUCCUCUAUUCGAGGCUUUGCCUCGUGGUUGGCGAGCCGGUAAAACUGCGCUGGGUCCUUGGCCUCAUCACCUUCACUUUCCUCUUCGUCGAGGUGCCCGUCAGUUCGCUGCUCAUCGCCAGUAACGUUCCCGGGCAGGAACACCUCGCCAGGGCCUUCACCGUCUUUGAAAACUGCCAGACCGGACUCAUAUCGGCACAGGAAGCGCUUAUCUCGUGGAUAUACGUGCGCGAGGCGAGGCGGGCCUUCAAGCCCAUCCAAGUGAUUAAGGGGGAACGGGUAAAAAAGACGUUGAAGGGCCUGGUCUGGCUAUUCGUCCUCACGGCGUUUUUGGACUUGAGCCUGAUGGGACUCGCCUAUUCGGGACAACAGUUCGCCAUCAUGACGUCCUACAAGGGCGUCGUAUACAGCAUUAAACUGCAGGUGGAGGGCGUCGUCCUCAACAGCCUAACCAAGCUGAUGCGGAGGCGAUCAUGCACCUGCGGCAGCACGGCGGCGGAGAACUUCACGUCGAGUCCCAUGACUGUUAUGGGCGUGGGGAUGGGAGAGCAAUGUACCACGCCUUACCACAGUCAGAUCAAGAAAAACAGCGCAGACGCCAAGUCGAGCGGCGAGGAUUUGGGGACGGCGGUGACAACAGAAAACCCCGAGAGGCAUAGCGCGGAGCUGAGGAGGAUAUUCGGGACGGAACGAUAUCCUUGA